UUGCUCACAUUUGAGAUGAAGCAUGCGGGAUGUGUGCGUCUGUUUUCUCUCCGUCGCAUCUCGCAUCAGUAAUUUAAAGACAGAGAAAGAAAAAAACAAAUAAUUCAGGUUUUAUUCUGGACAAUAGCAAUCUGAGCGUGUUGUUGUGGAUAAUCUGGAUUGUUUGCCUGCUACUGCACCUCGUCGUUUUUUUUUCUUCCUUCCAGCUGUUUAAAACAUCUGCAGCAGCCUUUAUUAUUCCCCCCUCAACACUCACACCCAGGGUUUAUUGUAGGCAGGGUUGGAUGCAGAGCCCUUGACGGCUGCUGAUACAUUGCGAUGCUUCUCCUGCAGCAGCGGUGAUGUGAUGGCGUGAGGUGAAGCCCAGUGAGGAGGUGAGGGACGAUGCCCGGUGCAGCGGGCAAAAGACACCUUCGACCCCGGCCCUGAAUGCACCGGAGAGAGACACCUACGCGGGUGUCACCACCGUCAGCCCUGGAUGCUGCGCCGCAGGAUGGGAUACGCCGACCCAUCGUCGGGUAAAGACAUACUCGGCAAUCGCUCCCUUUGUUUCAUAUUCAUUUGCGCCUUCGGCCUCGUCACGUUACUGCAGCAGAUUCUCUACGGGAAGAACUACAUCAAGAGUGCGCAACAGUUUAGCCGACUCAAAGGGGACGAGACAGGAAAUUGGACCGGUCCCGUUAAUUUCUCGGAUGACGGACCACUGAAGCCUGCCAGAAAUGGAAGGAAAAGAUGUUUCCGUCAGAAUAUUCAGCCAGAUUCAAAGAUCUCCGUAGUAGUCACACCCUGCGUAGCCGGUAUUAAGAAGAAAAAAAAACGCUCUCACAGGUAUCUGGAUAACUAUGAUGGCUCCUUUGAGUACAACUCCACUGCAUGCAGGGAGCUCAGGCAGGAGAUUAUGGAUGUCAAAGUCCUGACGAUGUGAGUGUGCACCUAUGAUAUAGACAAUGAUGAAACUAACUCUGACUUUCCUCUGGUGUCUCCCUGAAGGAUGUCUCUGUCCCGCUGCUGUAAUGCUCCAUCCUUCCUGUUUACCACCAAGAGGAACACACCUGCAGGCACCAAGCUGAGGUACGAGGUGGACACCAGUGGUAUACUCCCCAUCACCACAGAGGUCUUUAAGAUGUUCCCAGAUGACAUGCCGUAUUCCAAAUCGCAGUACAAGAAAUGUGCUGUCAUUGGAAAUGGCGGCAUCAUCAAGAACAGCAAGUGUGGAAAGGAAAUUGAUUCAGCAGAUUUUGUGUUUAGGUGCAACAUCCCACCCAUAAUGGAGAAGUAUGCAGCGGAUGUUGGCACUAAAACAGAUCUGGUGACAAUAAAUCCGAGCAUUAUUACUGAGAGAUUUCAGAAGCUGGAGAAAUGGCGGCGUCCGUUUUACGAAGUCCUCCAGAACUACGAGAACUCCUCGGUGGUGCUUCCAGCCUUCUACAACACCCGCAACACGGACGUGUCUUUCAGGGUCAAAUACAUGCUGGACGACUUCGACUCGCAGCGAGGCGUGUUUUUCUUCCACCCGCAGUACCUGCUCAACGUGCAGCGCUUCUGGGCAGUGCAGGGCGUCCGGGCCAAGAGGCUCAGCAGCGGCCUGAUGCUGGUGACCGCCGCCUUGGAGAUGUGCGAGGAGGUUCACCUCUACGGCUUCUGGGCAUUCCCCAUGAACCCCUCGGGCAUCUUCAUCACCCAUCACUACUACGACAACGUCAAGCCAAGGCCGGGCUUCCACGCGAUGCCUCACGAAAUCUUCAACUUCAUUCACAUGCAUACUCGCGGGAUCAUCCACGUGCACACGGGGCAGUGUACGUGAUCCCUCACUCCUCUGCUUUAAUGUGGAAGCUCAACACCUGAUAUCUUUUUUUAUUUUACCUGUCAUGUUGUAUGUCAGUGAUUGAGACAGUUCACUAUUUCCUCCGUGUGUAAAAAGAGAGUUGACCUUCGGAGCGUACACUUUGCUCUCACUUAUUCAGCCACACAUUGAAGGUUGCUUGCUUUAACUACCAACAUGCUUCUCUUUUUAGAUGCAUACCUGAGGUCGUCUAUUUAGCCAAUCAAAUCACUAUGGGUCUCUUUGACUGUCGGACCAUAGGAUGCUUGUUUUUAAUGUGAAAAGUGGUCUUCUUAGUGAUGUUGUUUCUGUGAAGUUUUCUAGUGGCUCUGCUGUACAGAGGUAUUGUUUUCUACUCAACGUUGGGGCAGCCGUGGGUGUCUUUGUGCAGCCUCAUUCCCCCCUCUCUUCUUCUUCUUCUUCUUCUUCUUCCUCUUCUUCUCUCUCUAUCUCGGACACUCUGUGGGUGUGGCAGCUUUUAAUGUUUGUGUAAAAAAACAAAGCCUGAACCUUGAUAUCAAGCUUAUAUUUAAAAGAAAAUGAUAAAAUUGUCAAACAUCCAAUUGUCUACUUUUUAAAUCUAUUUCCUAUUCACCAGAUAUUUAUUUGGUGAAUAUUUUAAAACAUUAUUAAAAUGGCCUGUUUUCUGUGGCCUCCCCUUUAAAAUUUCCUGUGAGUGAAAAAAGGGGGCACAUGAGAAGAAUUUAGGAUGUUUUUUUUCUUCCUUUUUUUUUUUUUGGCUUCGUCAUGAUUUCGGACAAAAGCCAGAUAAAUAUUUUGCAGCGUCACCGCCUGCAGCAACACUUUUGACUUCAUCCGAUUUGUAAAGCUACAGAGCACUGUUUCGUGACCCAGCCUCUUGCUGUCAUCCAUGUCUUAAGCCAUGCUGCCUUAAGAGAUAUAAUACCCUUCUCUAUGAUAUGCAGUGCACCCAUGCGUUUUGCUUGUCUUCAAAUGCAUCAACAUCGACCUAAAGCUUAGCUGGUCUCUUGAAUGAAAAAGAUGUUUUAAGACUGUUUCUAAGACUCUCUGAGGUGUAGACAUCCAUGUGCAACUUAUAUUCUAUUGGAAUUAGUGAAGUCUGAACACCAUUUAUAAUCAUGUAAUGCUCUGCAUGACUUUACUCUGUACUUGGCUUUGUGUGUGCCUGCUUCAAUGAUCACUAAAAUAUGUUUACACUUAAGCCUCUACUGAAUCUCACAGUGCUUGGAGAUAUGUACAUGAACUUUGUCACGGAAACACAAACAGAUUUGUCGAAGUUAAAUGUAUAAUAUUGGAUGCGGUUCCCAUUGAUUAAAGAUGCAAGAAUGAAGAUGGUUGUUGCCCUUUUGUGAAGCGGUACAACACUUUUAUGUGUUAAGUUAUUAACCUUCUGAACUGUUAACUAUUUGCACUCCAGAAAGCAUUGUGCAUUUAAGUUGUGCACUGGAAUGCAUUGUGAGUUUUCACUGUUUAUUUUGUUGUAAGUUUUUGAGAGACUGUAAAUCAUUUUUUUGUCAUUCAUCUGUUCAUGCUUGGCUGAGCACUGGUCAUACUUUAACCCUUUGUAUUUGAAAAUAUUGCUAAUAAUAUUGAAACAUGCCGUUCUAUUUAUUUACAUUAACUUAAGUGAUUCGAGUUUAGCAAAUAUGAACCAAAAAUAUUUUGGAUUGACCACAAAUUGUUGUGCAAGUGAAUCAAGAUCAGAAAAGGAAAGGAACCUGGUCUGUGUGCAGAAAGGAGGGAAUAUAUUUAACACAGUGCUUCUUAACUGACUCUGGAUCUUUCUUUAUACUGGUAUUGUGUUUGUAAAUAAACUUGUUUGGAUUUUCUCA